GUGGCCAUAGUCGACCUAACCCUAACCUCUAGUCAGUAUAUUAGAGUCAUAAUUUUAGUGGUGCAAAGCCUGGACUAUGGCCGACAAAACUAUAGAAAGUAGUGUUUCCCGUUUUUUUUCAUUGAAAUAGUGGUACAUGUGAAGAAUGUUGUACCAGCGUUUGUGCCUCCGUCAUUUAAAGCAUGUGUUGAAGAUAGCAAUUCGCCAUCAUAGCGGGUCAGGUGGUAAACCUCAAGUUUGUGUGAUAGGUAGUGGACCCGCAGGCUUCUAUACAGCUCAGCAACUUCUUAAGGGGAAUCCAGAUAUACAUGUGGACAUAUAUGAGAAACUGCCUGUACCAUUUGGCUUGGUGAGGUAUGGUGUAGCUCCAGACCACCCAGAGGUCAAGAAUGUUAUAAAUACUUUCACACAGACUGCGAACAAGGAUCGCUGCUCAUUUAUUGGGAAUGUUACCAUUGGUAAAGAUAUAUCUGUAGCUGAACUACAGAAAUUCUACACUGCCAUUGUUCUGUCAUAUGGAGCAGAAGAUGACAGAAAGCUUGGAAUACCAGGAGAGGACCUACCUAAUGUGAUAUCAGCCAGAAACUUUGUAGGAUGGUACAACGGUUUACCCGAGGACAGAAAUUUGGCAGUUGACCUUGACACAGACACAGCCAUAGUUCUAGGACAUGGAAAUGUAGCCCUUGAUGUAGCUAGGAUUCUGCUGACCCCAGUUGACAUUCUUGCUAAAACAGAUAUUACAGAGUAUAGCUUGGAAAAGUUAAGGCAAAGUCGUAUAGAGCGUGUCAUUCUUGUUGGUAGAAGAGGGCCGCUGCAAGUUGCAUUUACAAUCAAAGAACUUCGCGAAAUGGUCAAGCUGCCGGGAACCAGGCCAGUUCUACAUACUAAUGACUAUCUAGGUUUGGAUGACAUUGCUAAAGAUCUACCUCGGCCAAGAAAGCGUCUCACAGAAUUGUUGUACAAAACUGCUUUGACACCAACAUCAACAGACCAGAAAAUUUGGGCUAGUGCCACAAAGGAAUGGGAAUUAAGGUUCAGAUUAAGUCCCUUAGAAAUCCUUAGCAGCAACAGUUCCAAAUUGUCAGGUGUCAGAUUUGGAGUCAACAGAUUAGAGGGUUCAGAACUGACCACACAGAAAGCAGUAUUAACAGAGAAGACUGAGGAUAUACCAUGUGGUUUGGUAUUGAGGAGUAUAGGCUACAGAAGCUGGCAGAUUGAUCCAGAUAUUCCUUUUGAUGAAAGACAGGGUGUUAUCAGGAACAACAAGGGAAGGGUGGAUGGCAAAACUGGGUUGUACUGCAGUGGUUGGGCUGGGCGUGGCCCAGUAGGUGUCAUACUUGGGACAAUGACAGAUGGGUUUGAAGUAGGCAAACUGGUACUGAAAGACAUAGAAGAUGGCAUGUUACAAGUAAACACAGGCAGAGAUAAUGCAUUACAGUUACUGCAAGACAGAGGAGUGUCAGUUGUUUCAUUCAAAGAUUGGGAGAAAAUUGACUGUGUGGAAACUGCAGACGGAGAAAAAAAUGGAAAGCCUAGAGAAAAGAUUGUAGAAACUGACAGAUUAAUAAACAUUGCCAAAACUUAGAGUCUAGUGCGUGUGGUAUAUGUAGAAGAUACUUGUCUGCUUUGCGGGUAUAUGGAGAAGAACAAAAAAAGUCAAAUAUUUUCAGGAGCAUAUAGCAUGAGUGAAGAUGAAAAAAAAAAUCAGUUCGAGAUAAAAGAUAUUCAGUAUUCACAAAAACAAACAAAAGUUCUUUUUAUUUCAUGCUUAAUUACAUGUACAUUGAAAUACACAUUUUGCAACAAAGUUUAAUCUCAGCACGGCAAACAGAUGCUUGUAAAAGAACACAACAUCAAACGUCUUGUGACAUUACGAAGAUGCACAAAACAUAAAGCUCCAUUUCAUUUUAUUUUUUGCAGCAUAAUUCUUUGAAAUUUUAUUAAGUAAAGUUACUCGAAUUGAGAAAUAUACUGUAAAGAAAAAAAAGCAUGACACCAAUUUUUGCAAAAAAUUAGAAAUUAAUACAACGUGUACAAGUGUAUCGGCAAAGCAAUAUCACAUUUUAUCUCUCAGAUAGAAGGCAGUAUUUCAUCAAUUUGCAUAUUUAACCUUUAGCAUGCUAGAUAAAUUGUCGUCUGCUGGAAAUGUCGUCUGCUAAAAUUGUAAAGUUCAUUCAAUUUGCUCCAAAAUUGGAAGAAAUACUGUCAGAGUAGCAAACAGCUUGGAACCUGAUCAGACGCCGAUUUAAUCGGCGUCUGAUCUGGUUCCAAGCUGUUUGCAAAGGCUGUUAAAUUCGCCUGCAGCAGGCUAAGGGUUAAUAAUAAUAAAUGUUAUCAGUGCCACAUUUAAUGUUGUUAAAAAUGUUGUUCUCCUAUACCAUAUUGAUUUUAUGAAAUAUUUAUUGUACUGUUAAAAAAAAACAAAUUCAGUUAGUUUUCUAAAGUGCCUUUAAUUUUACAUGUAACAUUAUCAAAAUUGCUCAUUUAUUUUUUAGAAUACAUAAGAGGAUAUAUGUUUGUUUCAGUGAAAGAUAAAAAAAAUCACCUACUUAAUGCAAUAUAAGUGCUAUAGCAACCAGUGAAAUUGUAAGAUCUGAAACUACUGCUAGGAUUUCUAAACCUUGUAAGGUGUUGUACAAAAGCUAGUUUUGUAUAUUGUAAGCAUUUUCUUGUUGAAUGAGUUUAAGAGAGUAAUGGCCCCUUAUAUGUCGUUAUUGGAGAGCAUUUACAUGUGUUGUUGUGGUGCUAAAACUAUCGAUAUACAUGUACUUACUAUAGUAUGAAAUAGUAUAUAGCUCCUUUUGGUACCACCACAUUAUUUGGCAUGCAGAAACCUUAUCCAAAAUUGACCAUCACUGAAAGUUCAUAGAAUGAGUGCCUGUGGUCACCUGAGGUCUUGGUUUUGCUCCAUGAUUGAAUAAUCAUUGGGCCUAGAACUGUCUAACUGUAGGAUGAUUGCUUUGGUCAACAGUUGACCCUUAUUGCUUUAGGGUUCAAAGGUGAAGGUCACAGUGACUGUGAGAAUGAAAUGUAUUUCAGAUAAUUUCCCUUUCCAUUUUUUAAAAAAACAACAGUUACUUGUAUCAAAAACAUGAUAUGGUUUUAACUUUUCAACUUGUCUGUGCCCAAAGGCAUCUUUAUACUAUGGGCGGAUAUAGCAUAUCAAUUCACCUUUCGACUUAAAUGAAGAGGCUUGAGUGACAUGUAUGUGAUUUAUGAAAAGCAAUCCCGUUCUCUCUGUUAAGAAGUUUAAAAGACUUUAUUACUGUGAGUAAGUUUAGAUAAUAUUUUAAUGUAAUAAAAUCAAUAUGCAUUAAGCAUGACUUAAAGAGUCUUCAAAGGUUUCUGCUUCUAGUUUCACUGGCAUUUUGAAAUGUACAGUGUUUGUUACUUAUUAUUUGAAUUAUGCAGAAUAAAGAAGAUCUUCAUAAAGAACAUUUUUGCAGAAGCAGUAGUCAGAUACAAAUUAAAUAGGUUAUUUGAACUUCACUUUACAAUUGCAGGCAAUUUGGUAUUCUAUAUUGUUCGGUUUAUCUGUUGUGAAGAUAUGUGCAAUAAAAUGAAAGUUAUA